AUGUCGAAACCGCUAACAUUCGUCACCGGCAACGCCAAAAAGCUCGAAGAGGUGGUUGCCAUCCUCGGCUCGACAUUCCCACGCAAAGUGGUGAGUCAAAAAGUGGACCUCCCUGAGCUCCAGGGCGAAAUCGCCGAUAUUUGCGUGAAAAAAUGCCAAGCGGCGUACGAAAUCAUCAAGGGGCCGUGUAUCGUCGAAGACACGUGUCUGUGUUUCAACGCAUUGGGUGGUUUGCCCGGUCCUUAUAUUAAGUGGUUCUUGGAUAAGUUGGGUCCUGAGGGGCUGUUUCGACUACUGGCUGGGCAUGAGGAUAAGAGUGCCCAGGCCGUUUGUACUUUUGCAUAUCAUCCGGGCGAUGAAGGGGGCAAAGUGAUUCUGUUCGAGGGGCGCACGGAUGGAGAGAUUGUGAUGCCGAGGGGGCCGAGGGAUUUUGGAUGGGAUCCGUGUUUCCAGCCAGUGGGGUACACGCAGACGUACGCCGAGAUGCCCAAAGAGGAGAAGAAUAAAAUCUCUCAUCGGUACCGCGCCUUGGACGCGCUGAGGAAUCAUUUUAUGAACCAAGAGAAACAAUAAUGUUUUGUCGUUUUAGUUUUAUUUGACUUUAAUCAACUUAAAUAAAUUGUUUUGUUUGA